AUGUCGCUACCCAUCGACAAGUUGCCGAAGGACCGCCUGGUCAUCUCCCUUGAUUUCGGCACCACUUAUUCCGGAGUUGCCUAUGCCUUCAACAUUCCUGGCAAGAAAGUGGACGUCACGGCCAUUCAGGACUGGCCUGGCCUCGAAGGUUACCGCCAGCCCAAGGUUCCUACCCUCAUCCUGUACGACGAGAAGGACCCCUCCAAGUUCAAGUGGGGUGGUCAAGUCAAUUGGCGUGAUCCUGCCGUCCGUGGAGUCAAGCUGCUGCUUGAUCCUGGCCAACACAGACCGAUGUAUUUCCCAGCAUCCACCAUGAAGAAAGACCGCCGUGCAUUCUCCAAGGACCCUGUAGACAUCGCUGCAGACUUCAUUGGUGCCAUUUAUAAGCACGCUCUUUCGGUUGUCGAAUCUGCCGGCCUUCAAGACUACUUCAACUUCUGCCAAAAAGACUUUGUGUUGACCGUUCCCGCUGCUGCCAAGAAAGCCGGAAUUUACCCUGUCACCAUGAUCAAAGAGCCGGAGGCAGCUGCGCUGUACACGCUGACCACUCACGACCACGCCAUCAAGGCUGGCGAUACUUUCGUUCUCUGUGAUGCUGGUGGUGGCACCGUUGAUAUCAUCACCUACGAGAUCGAGUCGAUUGAGCCCUACCUUCAACUGAGAGAGCUUGUUCCUGGAGAAGGAAUCAUGGCCGGUUCUCUGGGUCUGAACAAGCGCUUUGAGGAGUCCGUGCAAGAGUUGGUCGGUGAAGACCAGUUCUACCUUCUCAAGAAGACCGUCGGCUGGUCGAAGGUGGUCAAUGACUUCGACAAAAACAUCAAGACGGCUUUCAAUGGUGAUCCUGGUGACAUCCAGUACGUCAGCUUUCCAAAGGCCAAUCUCCAGGACGAUUUCGACGAGGGCUUGAGCGGUAACAUCUGGGAGAUGACUGGCGAUGUUUUGCAGGGUAUUUUCAACCCCAUCAUCAUAGACAUUUUACGACUGGUAGACAAGCAGGUCACGGAUGCCCGUCUCAAGCGAGGAGGUCAGAAUGUCAAGGCAAUCUUUCUCGUUGGUGGGUUUGGCUCAAGCCGGUACCUGAAGGAGCGACUUGAACGGGUCUACAAGCCUCAGGGAAUCCAAGUGCUUCAGCCCCCCGACGCUUGGCAAGCCAUUGUCAAUGGUGCCGUUCUGAGCCGUCUAUCAAACCAGGCCACUGUCGUUUCCACCAAGGCGGUCCGACAUUACGGGGUUUCUUCAUGGAAUCUUUACGACCCGCAGAGCGACCACGGCAGAGUCACUAAGUUCCAGCCUGACGAAGGCAAGGACAGAGUCGAGAAACUCUCUUGGUUCAUUUACAUGGGCGCCGAUUUGAAACGUGAUCAGACCAUCAAACUUCCGUUCUUUCAGAGCCUCAAGAAAUUCUUUACUCCCGACGAUCUCAUAUUCGACGACGAGCUCCUUUUCUCUGAGGCGAAGACGGCACCUGAUUACCCUGGACCGGAUGUGAAGAAAUGCUGCACGGUAAAGGCCGAUUUGAGCGGCGUCAAAAAGAAUCAGUUGGUGAGGCGGACCGGUGCUGAUGGCAAGAUCUACUUCGAUCUUCACUACUACCUGGUUCUCAACACCACUCAAGCAAACCUCAAGUUCUCUGUCGAGUUCAAAGGCAAAGAGAUGGGAAGCGCCGAGGCAACUUACGUCUGA